AUGCCAUCAUCGUUAGCAUUCAUUCAUUCCUACCUUCUCUUCUGGCUCACCUUGACCUCACAAGGAGAAUCAACAGCCCUAAGAAGACAACAGAAUGACUGCCCUGGCUACAAAGCUACAAAUGUCGAAAGAACUGAUGCCGGUAUUAAAGCAGAUUUGACAUUGGCUGGCACGGAGUGCAAUAUCCACGGAAAAGACCUCAAGGAAUUGCGGUUCUCAGCCGAGUAUCAGACGGACUCCCGUCUCCAUGUCAUCAUCUACGAUAAGGAAGAGCAAGUUUACCAAGUGCCUGACUUUGUUGUACCAAGGCCGACGGGAUCUAUCAAGGGCGAGGAAUCCGCACUAGACGUCACUAUUGAAGAAGAGCCAUUCUCUUUCACUAUCAAACGCAAGAGUAACGAUGAAGAGAUCUUCUCUUCCAAGGGAUCAACCUUAAUAUUCGAGGACCAAUAUUGGAGACUGCGAACUUCCCUACCGGAUAAUCCAUCUAUAUACGGCUUGGGCGAGCAUACAGAUUCACUACGAGUCCCCACCUCUAACUAUGUCAGAACCCUCUGGAAUCGAGACGCCGGAGGUGUGCCUAAGGGCGAGAAUUUAUACGGUGCCCACCCAGUAUACUACGAGCAUCGAUCCGAGUCGGACAAUACCCAUGGUGUAUUACUCCUGAAUAGCAAUGGUAUGGACAUUAAAAUCAACAACGACGAUGGACAAUAUUUGGAGUAUAACUCCUUAGGCGGUGUCAUCGAUCUUUAUUUCCUCGCCGGUCCUGGUCCAUUCGAUGUCGCCAGAGAGUACAGUGAAAUCACGCAGAAGGCAGCUAUGAUGCCUUACUGGGGACUUGGUUUCCAUCAAUGCCGAUUUGGCUACAAGAGUGUCGAUGAAGUCGCAGCUGUGGUGCAGAAUUAUUCGGACGCAGGAAUUCCACUUGAGACAAUGUGGACGGAUAUCGAUUACAUGGAUGAGUACAAGGUUUUCACUCUCGGACAAAACUUUCCUCUCGACAAGAUGCGUGAGCUGGUUGAUCGCUUACAUAGUAACGACCAGCAUUACAUCGUUAUGGUAGACCCUGCUGUGGCCUACCAAGACUACGAUGCAUUCAACAAUGGCAAAAACCUCGACAUAUUCCUAAAGUCAGAGGACGGAAGCAUUUACAAGGGAAGAGUAUGGCCAGGCGUAACGGCCUUUCCUGAUUGGUUCCACGAUAAAGUACAGGAGUAUUGGGACAACGAAUUCCAGACGUUCUUCAACCGCGACACUGGUGUCGACAUCGACGCUUUGUGGAUUGAUAUGAACGAGCCAUCGAACUUCUGCGAAUGGCCCUGUGAUAAUCCUGAAGCAUCACAAGUAGACACCGACAUCAUCAAUGUGCGAUCUAUCUCUAAACGACAGGAGGAAAGUGGAUCAAAGAAAGGACUCCCCAACCGCGACCUCAUUGAUCCUUCAUACCAGAUCAAGAAUACUUUUGGAUUGAUUGGCAACAAAACAGCAAGUACUGCUCUGAUCCACCAAGGUGGAUGGACCGAGUACGAUACUCAUAACCUGUAUGGAAGCAUGAUGUCCAAGGCGAGUGCCAGCAGCAUGCUCAAACGCCGACCUGAUAAGCGGCCAAUGGUCAUAACCCGCAGCACAUUCGUUGGGGCUGGUAGCUAUGUUGGACAUUGGCUUGGCGACAACAUCUCAGCAUGGGAUCAAUACCUUGCAUCUAUCAGGCACUUCUUGCAGUUUGUUUCGAUUUUCCAAGUUCCAAUGGCUGGGGCUGACGUGUGCGGCUUCCUGGGUGACACCAACGAGCACCUCUGCGCCCGAUGGACUACCCUGGGUGCUUUCUACCCAUUCUACAGAAACCACAACGUUGAUGGCGCAAUAUCCCAAGAAGCAUAUCGAUGGGAGUCCGUCGCUGCGGCUGCACGACGGGCAAUCGACAUUAGAUACAGGCUUCUAGACUACAUCUAUACAGCCAUGCACCUCCAAACCGAAGAUGGAACACCAAUGAUCACCCCCGUAUGGUUCAACUACCAAUCCGACUCCGGCACGCACGCGAUCGAAAACCAAUUCUUCUAUGGACCCUCCCUCCUCGUCAGCCCCGUGGUAAACGAGGGCUCCACCUCCGUCUCCUUCUACCUCCCCAACGACCUCUUCUACGACCUCUUCACUCUCCAGCCCGUCGAAGGCGCCGGCGCGAACAUCACACAGGACGACGUCCAGACCAACGAGAUCCCCGUACACAUUCGCGGCGGAUCGAUCGUGCCCGCCCGCGUGAAUAGCGCCAACACGACGACACAGCUGCGAGAGUUGGACUUCGAGCUUCUGAUUGCGCCGGAUAGGGAUGGGAGGGCCUCUGGGAGCUUGUAUCUUGACGAUGGAGAGAGUCUGGUGCAGGCUGGGACGAGCAAUAUCAAGUUCGUGUUUGAGAACGGUACUAUCCGUGCGGAGGGUACUUUUGACUUCCAGACGCAGGUCGGGGUGAGGAGUGUGACUGUCAUGAGCGCUGAUGGCGCGAAGAAGUAUCAAGUCGAGCAGUCGCUGGAUGGACCGUGGGAAUACAGUAUUGCUGAUAAGCAAGGGGGGGAUCUGAGAAUGAGACUGGUGGAGAAAAUCAACCAGUGGCCGUGA